AUGCUGCAGGCCUUUGAUCAUCAUCAUCUGAGCUUGGGACAGUCGUGGAAGAAGAUCAAGGCCAACUUUAACAGAGCUACCCAAGGGCAGAAACUAAGGCAGAGGGCCCACAUGAACACAGCCAUAACCUUCACCCAGUGUGCACUGGGUCGCAUGUCCUGGAAGAAGUUCCCUGUCUACUUUCUGGGUCAGUUCCUGGGCUCCUUCCUGGCUGCUGCCACCAUCUAUGGCCUCUUCUACACGGCCAUCAAGCACUUCGCAAAAGGAAAUUUGGCAGUGACCGGCCCCACAGCCACUGCCGGCAUCUUUGCCACCUACCUUCCCAGUCACAUGACAUUGUGGCAGGGCUUCCUGGAUGAGAUGUUUUUGACGGGAUUGCUCCAGCUGUGUCUCUUCGCCAUCACGGACCCGCACAACAGCCCGGCCCUGGAAGGGACCCAGGGCGUGGUGAUUGGCAUCCUGAUUGCCAUCAUUGGGAUGUCCCUAGGCAUGAACACAGGCUAUGCCAUCAACCCGGCCCGCGACUUGGCUCCCCGUCUUUUCACCUUCUUGCUGGGCCUUAGCCAGAGGUGGAUAUGAGUGCUGUCUCUGGUCUGCAGAGACGGGGGACACUGGUGGUGGGUGCCAGUGGUGGCGCCCAUCCUGGGCGCCUACUUGGGCGGAGUGGUCUACCUGCUCCUCAUCGGCUCCGCUCCUCCGAAAUCUGAGGAUGGCACCAAGACAUGUGAAGAGCACAAGAUCUCUGUGUUGCCCAAGUCAAAGUUCCACUCAUCCAAGACCUCCCCCUACCCCAACCCCCCUGAGUCCUCCAAGACCCCUGAGGACCGCAGAUAUACCCAGAAUACCCCACCCAAAAGUCACCCGGCCAUUGAGUACUUUUAAAUAGACGCGGAUUUGUGCUGCUUCCCCAAUAAAGAAAGCCUUGCACAGAG